AUUUAUUUUUUUCUUACUUUAUAUAACCUCUUUUGGCCGUUUUGUGUUCCUGUGCUAAACACAAUUUAAAAAAAAAAAAAAAAAUGCUAGUGUGAAAUUAGUCUGGUUUGACUAGCUCCUACUCAAAGAUAGAAGCUUUCUCUCACAUUUUCUGCUGCAAGACGAUGGAAAUUGCCAUAGCUGUUGAUCCAAGGCCAACGCUCACCCUGCAGCAAGCAACAGAACUGACGCUGCAACUUUAUGGAGUGACCAUGACUGAGAUCUCCACCCUGCCUAGUUAUAUUGAUCAGAACUUCCUUGUGGUGGACGAGGAGGGUACCAAGUACGUCCUGAAGAUCAUGAAUUCAGAAGACAGUAAGAAUGCCACCCUGCUGGAGGUGCAGACCCUUGCCACGUUCUUUCUACGCCAGCAUGGAGUUCCUGCUCAGACAGUCGUGCACACCAUCACGGGGCAGCUCAUGAGUAUGGAGGAAAUAGACUGUGGACAUGGUGCUCAGACCUACUGUGUGAGGUUGCUGGCCUAUCUCCAAGGAAAAACCAUUGCAGAAUCUCCAGUCACAAGACAAGAUCUUUAUAAUGUCGGCAAGUUGGCUGCCUUCGUGGAUAAGACAUUGCAACAACUGGUAUCUCCAAAUUUGGAUGUCUUACAAAAAAUGGAUGGGUUGCUUUGGAGUUUAUCCAACAUUCCUCUCACAGAGGGCUACCUAUCAGUGAUGGAUGGAGAUCCCCUGCAGGAUGUGGUCAGAGCAGUCAUUGAACAGUAUAAGUUGCACGUGCAGCCCAAAAUCAGCUCAUUCCGAAAAGGAAUAUUACAUGGAGACAUGAAUGACCAAAACAUCCUUGUCACACCUGUAGACAACGGGCAUCAUGAGGUGUCAGGCGUGCUGGACUUUUCUAUGCUCAUGAAUGAUUGCUAUGUAUUUGAAGUGGCAAUAAUAAUUGCGUACAUGAUGCUGGAGAACCCCAGUCCUUUGGAUGUAGGUGGAGCAGUGUUAGCAGGCUGGGAGAGCAUUAUGGUGCUCAAUGAAGAUGAAAGGGAUUCCCUCUUCCUGCUGGUGCUUGGUCGGUUGUGCCAGUCUCUGGUUUAUGGGCGGUACAAUGCCAAAAAAAACCCAGACAACAAAUAUAUCCUGAUUACAGCCAAAAAUGGGACUCAGCUGCUAAAUAAACUUUGGGAGCUGGGCAAGAAAGAAGUAGAAAGGAAAUGGUUUAAAGAUGCCAGCACAUUUUCUGUCAGUUAGUUAAAAACCACAGAUGUUCAUCAAUGGAUGAGAGUCAGAAUCAAAACCCAAUAUACGUACAAUAAACAUAUUAAAAUGGAAUACUCAAUAAAGCAAAGUAGUGAUACAGUCAAGAACAUAAAUACAAAAUAGAUACAUUACAAUAAAAAGUAUGUUAAAAGACACUAACAAAUAUGUACAAGAUAUCUCUUAGAAAGGGAGAGAGGGAAGGCUGUAUGGUUCAAUGCAGGAUGUGCAAAAAUAUUAAUCAGGGGAUGUGCAAAAGUUCACAGUAUGUAUACUAUGUACAAUGGUCAGGGAUAAUAGUCCAGGGUGUGUGUAAAUGUAAGGUCUACCGGCUAUGGAUGGGGGAUUAAAAGUCUAUCAGACUGUCAGUCAGGGUCCCGGGCCUUGUUGAUGAGGCCCACUGCAGUCGGGAAGAAACUGUUCUUGUGGCUUGAGGUUUUGGUCCUGAUGGACCGCAGCCACCUGCCAGAGGAGUGUUUCAAAAUGUUUUUUGUCUGUGGUGGGAGGGACAAUAACGAUUUGCAGUAACAAAGAAUAUCUGAAUUGUAACUUUUUACAGUUUUUAAAAAAAUAAAUUCUUACUUUGGAUUGUCA